AUGCGGGACGCCUGUUUGUCUGUCGGCACGAGCGGGCACGCCAACGCAAGAUCCAUCACAUCACACAUCCGCAACCGCCAUUCCGCGCAUAUGACGCAAAAGGCUGGCCCAACCCCAACGCAGGCCUGGGCUACUGCUGCAAUAGGCUCCGCACGGAAUCCGCACAUUAUGUUUGUCCGAUGCUGGCUGUCGGGCGAGACCGAUGGGCAUACCGUAGUGGUGUCGAUACGCGUGCGAGAGGCGACGGGACGCUCGCGACGUGCAGGUUUGCAGACUCCUUCAGGAACAGUUGCCUUUUUGACGGUUGCAUACGCGGAUGUGUAUGGAGUGCAGAGUACAUGUACACAACAUUCGGCCAAGGCGGGACGAGACGAGGGGUGA